AAUAUUACUUUGCGGCUUUGGAAUAUUCAAAGAAACAGAAAAGAGGGGACAGCUACUGCUGAUGUUACGGUAAUGUCCGCACUGAAGCGCUGCAGAGACUCGAGCACUCAAGUGUAUUCAGGUUUCCAGGCAGGGAAGCCACAAGACAUUCGUUUGGACCUAUUUUAAAUGUAUUUCGCUAACGUUUUUACAAUAUACUUUGCUUGUUAGAAUAUAGCUAUUGCGUGCUUCUGUAAUUACUCCACAUUAUUGGCUUUUAUCGCUUGCUGCAGUGAGAGUCGCGUCGUCUCCAUCAGCUAUUCAUCCUUACUCAGCAUUCACACGCAAGCUGUAAUACUCUUAUCUCGGUACAUAAGGCUUUAACGAGUUAAAUGUGGAUAUUGCCGUGUCACUGGGUCGCUAAACACUAUUGACCUUUGAAAUCAAGCCGUUAAUUGUUUUGACGUCAGACUUUUGAAGUCAGACAUAGCUGGUGUUCAUGCCCGAUCUGCAGCGCUUCAGUUUUCCGUACCGUAGCAUGAAUUCUCCUCUCCAUCAUCAUCAUCAGCAGCAGCAGCACCAUCAGCAUCAGAAUCCAGAAGGACCCGGUCAUCCCGAUUCUCCCUCCGGUUUACUCCCCGAGGCUGCUGUCCUCGGUGCUUCUGACCCAUCCUCUUUUUUCCUCGAAGAGCAGCACGGCCCUUCUGGGGUCUCCCAAACCGCAUUUGACCUUACUGCAUCCUCUUACCUGCACUUCAGUCCUUCCUUCCACUGGUCCCAACCUCCUCCACCAACAGCCAUGGCACUGAGGAACGACCUGGGAUCAAAUAUAAGCGUCCUGAAGACCCUCAAUCUGCGGUUCCGAUGCUUUCUGGCUAAAGUGCAUGAACUGGAGAGACGCAAUAAGAUAUUGGAGUUACAGCUUCAGCAGGCUUUAAACAGCAAUAAUGCGGGUGGAUGCGCGGAAGACCGAAAGACCAAAGACAUUGGUGUCCAGACUGGGUUUAUUGGGCCUAUUGCUGUCCGGCCUGGGUCUCUGUCCUUCCAAAACACCAACAACUCUGCCAAAAGACCCACUACAUUGUUUAUGCCUUCUCUUACGACUGUCCUCAAGUUUGAGCCCAAUAAAGCUGACGAUGAGACCACAACUGACCCAAACACCAACAGAAACCCAACCAUCACGGUUAGUCUGUCAACACCCACCACCGAACCCGCUUCGGCCAACACCAAUAACUCUAAUAAUACUCCACAAGUGAGCAGCGUUGGCAUCGGGACGUCUCCCAACCCUCCUCCUCGCUUCCUCCCGGGCACUAUCUGGUCCUACAACCACACUCGUAAACUGGGAAGCGGGUCAGAGACUCGGGUCACUAGCCCUGGAGUAUCGUGGGUCCACCCGGACGGCGUGGGUGUCCAGAUAGACACCAUCACCCCAGAGAUCAGAGCACUUUACAACGUCCUGGCCAAAAUCAAAAGGGAGAGGGAUGAGUACAAGCGAAGAUGGGAAGAGGAAUACACCAUGAGAAUGGACAUGGAACAGAGAAUGAAUGACCUACAGGAGGACCUACAGGAGAGUGAAGAAUGUCAGGAUGAGCUGGGCCUCAAGGUGCAACAGCUGAAAGCUGAACUCGUGCUCUUUAAAGGACUCAUGAGCAAUAACCUGUCGGAGCUGGACAGUAAGAUCCAGGAAAAGGCCAUGAAAGUGGACAUGGACAUCUGCAGACGUAUUGACAUCACAGCUCGCCUGUGUGAUGUUGCCCAACAAAGAAACUGUGAAGAUCCAAUCAAGAUCUUUAAGGUUCCCAGCCCUCAAAAUGCCAUCACCUCUCGUGCCCGUAAACAAACCUCGCAACCUGCCAAUGGCAGCGAGACCGAUGAGCCAGUCAGCACCUCUGAGAGUGAUGGUGCGCGAGAAGAUGAAGUGUGCACCCCUUCAACCCUCCAGAUCAAUGAAGAGAUGCAGAGAAUGUUGACCCAGCUGCGUGAGUGUGAGUUUGAGGAUGACUGUGACUCUCUGGCUUGGGAAGAGACAGAGGAAACGCUCCUUCUGUGGGAGGAUUUCCCAGGAUGCACUUUAACAACGGACACUAAUCAGGGCGAGGAGGAGAGUUUGGAAAAGGUGAUUAAGGACACUGAAUGUCUUUUUCAGUCUAGGGAGAAGGAAUAUCAGGAGACUAUAGACCAGAUUGAGUUGGAACUUGCCACAGCAAAGUCAGACAUGAACCGCCAUCUUCACGAGUACAUGGAGAUGUGCAGUAUGAAGAGAGGACUGGAUGUGCAGAUGGAAACCUGCAGGAGACUCAUCACUCAGAGCGGAAACGAAAACAAAUCCACUUCUUCUAUACCUGGAGGAGGUGCAGAUGCGAACGGAGAAACAGAGAGGGAUAAAACCGAGGAAGGAGGAAGAUAAUGACAACAAUCUGAAGAAUGGGUUUGCAAGAAAAAGAAGAAAAAGCACCCCUCAUCUCUUCACGGCACCAAUCAUCAGUACCAACAUCAGCCCUGCUCAUGUUUUUGCAGACUAUCCAGUCACUGCCUCUAGUGGUGGUAAAUGGAAUUACAUGGUGUGUGCUGAGUGCCCAAAAGAGAACAUGUACUGACAUUUCCCCUUUGGUACUGUUUUCACACCUACAUAAUUUUAAAGAUGAGAGUCCUCACAAGAUUGUUUGCUCUUAUCUGAUUUCAGCGAGCCCCUCCACCGGCGAGUUUCAAUCAUGUUUUCCGAUCUCAUCCCCAAAUGUCUGAGUCAUCGUAUUUUCAUCAGUGAAUACAAUCACUUUUGAUUUCGUA